AUGGAGAAGUGGUGGCUUCUAGCUCUUCUCCUACUGAGUGUAAUUCCUAUAGAAGCUGGAUUUGGGGUGGGUGGUGGUGUUGGUGUUAAUGUUGGCCCUGUUGCUGGGGGUGGGGGAGCUGGAGUUUGGAUUGGUGGAGGUAUCAACGGAAAUGGCCCAAAUGCCCCAUCUGGAUCUUCAGCUUCAGGACUUGACAGAGCUUAUACUGCUCUCCAGGCAUGGAAAUCAGCCAUCUCUGAAGACCCAUCAAAAUUUUUAGACACUUGGGUUGGCUCUGAUGUGUGUUCUUACAAAGGGGUCUUUUGUGCAGAUUCUCAAUAUGAAGUUUCUGCAGCUUCUGGCCCUGUUGUUGCUGGUAUAGAUCUCAACCAUGCCAAUCUCAAAGGCACUCUUGUCAAAGAACUCUCCUUUCUCACUGAAAUGUCUCUCCUUCACCUCAACAGCAACAGAUUUUCAGGCACAAUUCCUGACACUUUCAAGGACCUCACCUCACUCCAAGAGCUGGACCUCAGCAACAACUAUUUCUCAGGCUCUUUCCCUACAGAGACUAGAUGCAAUCUUUCUCAACAACAACCAAUUGCAGGUGGACUUCCUGAAAGUUUGGGGAACUCCCAAGCUUCUGUGAUCAAUUUAGCUAACAACAAAUUCAGUGGGAACUUCCCAGCUAGUUUUGGCUUCAUGAGCAAUAAACUGAAGGAGAUUUUGUUUCUCAACAACCAGUUAACAGGUUGCAUUCCUGAGGGAGUUGGGCUCUUCACAGACAUUCAAGUUUUUGAUGUCAGCUUCAAUUCACUGAUGGGUCAUCUGCCAGACACAAUCUCCUGUCUGCAAGACAUUGAAGUUCUCAACUUGGGACACAACAAGCUAUCUGGGGUUCUUCCAGAAAUGGUGUGUUCUUUGAAAAGCCUUGUGAAUUUGACUGUUGCUUACAAUUUCUUUUCUGGGUUCAGCCAGGAAUGUGCCAAAUUGUUCUACAGAAAUGUGGGGUUUGAUUUUUCAUUGAAUUGCAUUCCUGGGAGGAACAUGCAGAGACCUCAACCAGAGUGCUCCUUAAUUCCAGGAGGUGGGUUGAAUUGCCUGAGAAUCCCUGGUUCAAAGCCUCUUGUUUGCGGGUCUCUCUAG